AAGGAGAUUAUGCUAAGCAGUUUGCUCUGUGUGGAUUUGAUAUAAUAGGUCAUGACUUUUGGGGUGUGUAUACACUAUGUGGGAAUCUUAUAAACGUUCAUGAGGCUUCAAUAGAACAUGUUAAUGAUAAAGAAAUUAAAAAUAUUGAAAAAAUACUUGGUUUAGAACAAAAUAAACAUUACAGCUCAACAAAAGAGUUGCGUUAUGGCAAAAUAAUGUUAAUGACUGACUAA